GUUGGUAUCUGAACUGCCAUGGUGGCUCGUGCCGCCCGCCCCAUAAAUUUUCUAUCAACAUACUUGAAGGUGCCGACAGACCUCGAAAAGCAACAACUCCCCCAGUACGCAACUGCCACACACCCCGCCGUGUGACCACCAACCAUGAUCUGCCGGACGUGUCUAAGGCGAGCCGCCGGCCUCAGCCAGCGGCCGCAGGCUCUUCGCACAUUCACGACCAGCAUAGCCUUCCGCAACGCCGCGCCGGCAGCAGCACCACCUGGGGCAUCGCAGCAGAUCCCCGACCUCAGCACACCGCUGACCAAGCCCGGCGGCGGUGAUGACGCAUCAUCAUCCUCAGCGACGGCAACCGAGUCGAAGGCGGCGCUGUCCUCCUGUCCCGCCGGAACAAUCCUCACCGGCCUGAACUACCUCAAGGGCAAGGCCGACCCCGUCGCCGCCGCGGACGAGGAAUACCCGGACUGGCUGUGGAGGUGCCUCGAGGUCCAGACCAAGACCGAGGAAGCGGACGAGACCGCCGGCGACGAGUUCUCCAAGUCGAGGAAGCAGCGACGGCUGGCGGCGAAGCGCCAGCGGAUACUGGAGGCGAAGAUUCUGGCCUCGGGAGACCUAGAGGCGCUGGCCCCUAAGAUACCCCUCCAGCAGCAGACGAUCAACCUGCCCGCGGCCGAGGACGGCAGCGUCGACGGCGCCAUCCUCGCCUUGACUAAGAGGGAGGAGCUACGCAAGGCCAUGAGGAAGGAGAGGAGGGCCAAGAUCAAGGAGACCAACUACUUGAAGUCGAUGUAAAUAUCACACAGCUGUACUCAUAUCGCCAGGACGGGACGGGGAUAGAUAGGAUGUUGUUGUAUGUAUCAUAUUUUUGGAACCCGGGCACUUUAGAAUGCCCUAACGCUAAGCCUCCCAUUGGGAGAACUGCUUUUGUAAAAUAUCUUCCUGCUUUCCACCGAAAAGGCCCCUGCUCCUCUUGUGCCCCUGAAGCAUUCUGGCACCGGGUCAUGUCCAUAUCCUACAGCUAGAAUACUCCUGUAAAUGACUUCCUGAAC